UUAUUUAUCUUCCUUAUUUCUAAUGGACGAGCUAAUCUCACCCCUUCAUUACCCCACAGUCGCAUUUUUAAUUAGCCUGGACGCCUCCGAAGCGAAAAUAUCGCCGAAUUUCGCCUCGUGAAGACCGAGAAUCGCGAGAGAAUAGCGGGCGGCGUCGGAGGAGCGGGAGCGGGGAAGACCUCGGCCUUUAUCGCGCUGCAAAAUAUCGCUGUGUUUGUUUGUCAGUGUUUGUUUGUGUUUGUCUGGCUCCUGGGUGUUGGUAGUGUGCCGGACUCGAGCAUCGGUGCUGUUGUUUCCGCAAAAUGACAUGGAGGGGGAGUGAAUAAUUGAAAAAAAGCCUAAAUCGAGUCGCAACAUUUCAAGCGCAAUUUGACGCCUUUUCUCUCAUCUUCACAAAAACACUUCUUAUUCAAGUUUUUUAUCGCUCAUUACCGUCUUUGUGUUCUCUGACACAGUCCUACAUAUCGGGGACGUAGAAUUCGCCCAUCGAUUUCUGACUAAUUUGCGUCUUUUGGGAUUAACCUGUUGAUGUGUGAUUUAUUAACUUAUUAUUCUUAAAUUCUUGGGAGUUUACGGAAUGUUGUCGAAUAUUACUGAAGGUUUCGGAAUAUUGAUAAGGAAGUUUAUCAAUGGUUCUCUUUUUUUCUUAUUAAGAUUAUACUUUCAUUGUGUUUUCUAUGACCAGAAACCAAGCAGCUCAUAGCAAAUAGUAGGCCUACGUGAGAGCCCUUUCCCCCCCAUAAACCUAUGCAGUAUUGUGCAGUAUUACUUAGAUAAGUAAUCAUACUUACAAGUCUUUUGACUGCUCUUCAUUUUCCUCUUUUGUUGUACAUUUACACAAUACUGUGGUAAUGCACAAUUGAGACUUCUUUUCUUUUUUUUUCCCCGUUAUUUACUGUAAAAUCCUUACUGUUGUAAAGUUCGUCAUAAUGUGUGAUUUGAAAACAAGUUUUACGCUGUGUAUAAUUAGCAUUGUUGAAAAUAUGUCUGUGUGAAAAUAUUUAUACAAGGAAACUGGUGCAAUGAAAGGAGCAAAUCCUCAUACACAUCAUGGCCAGUAAGCAAGUGCAUAAAGUGGCGGAGCAGAAGAAGGCACCUGUAUCCGCAAAUGCAGCAAAGACAUCAAAAGAUGUGAAAAAAGAUGAAAAAGAUUUGAAAAUGGAUGUAAAGCAGCCUAGCAAAGCAGUAAAGGAGUUGCCCAAGGACUCCAAAGACCCAAAGAAGAUGGAGAAAGACGCAAAACAGAGCGAGUCUGUUCAGUGUCGCAGUGUGCAUGGGCGUGGCAGGCCGGAAGAGCGCAACAGAAGCAGGGAGCGAGGACGUCACAGCCGGGAUGAUAGGACUAAUCAGCGGGGGCAGGAGAAGGAGGUAUGCCGCAACUUCCUUCAUGGCCGCUGUGAUCGUGGAGUUCUGUGUAAGUUUUCGCACCCUAGAUCCAACAGCCGCGGACGCUCCACAGAUUCUGGCCGGCAGCGGAGCCCAGUGCUUGCAUCGGGACGCAAUGACAACACAGACAGGGUUGUGUGCCGUGACUUUGUGCGGAACAUGUGCAAACGUGGAGACGAAUGUCGUUUUUACCAUCCUCCUAAUCCAGAAAAUAAAAGACAACGUAGUUCCUGGCUCACCUUCUGCCAUGACUUCCAAAAUGGGCACUGUUCUCGCUCAGACUGCAGAUUCUUCCACAUCACAAAGCAAGAUGAAGACAACUACAGAGCUUCAGGGGAAAUCUCUCCCCAUGUGGUGGACCAAGCUGUCCGUAAAGCUCUCUUCCUCGAUGUGGCACUUACUGGAACAAGACCCACAUGCAAGGAAUUCCUGAAGGGCGUCUGUAACAUGCAGAAUUGCCGGUUCCGUCACCUGAGUCGGAGAGAGUAUGAGGAUGAGGUAUUCCAUUCUCUUCAGGAUGAGUUUGAGAUUGUUCUUGGUCCACCCGAGAGACCGCAGUCACCAGGUAUGAAUAUGUUCAGGUCCUUCAGUGGUUAUCAAGACACCCCAAAGUACGGUGCCUCACCCGUCAACUUCCGUGAUGAGAUGGUGGGAGGAGAAGACCUUCGCACAACACUCUUGGCCCGCACAGAAUUUGAGCCAGAAACCAAGAGGAUGAGACAUUAUUCAGAUGAGCCCAUGUUCUCACAGCAAGAGGACUAUAGCAACAACCAAAGAAGAUGGGACGAGAGGAUGGACUAUGACCGUCAGGAUUUCAGCUCUUAUGACACAGAGCGCCUCAUGCAGGAAAUUUUCAACCUCAGGAAUGAUAACUUGGAACUAAAAAGGAGCUCUCAGCAACAAAUCAUGGAACUGAGGGAAGAACUCAAUGCAAUUGCACAAGAAAACACAAACUUUCGCCUGGAAAACUCCAGCCUCCGUUCAAAUCCGUCUAUGAAUGCAAACCAGAAAUCAGCUAUAGAUAAACUUAUUGCAACCAACAACACAUUUAUGCUGGAUAAUAGAAAAUUCCAGGAGACAGUACGCAAGUUAGAGCGAGAGAACAGUGACAUGCGGAAGUCCCUUGAGUCAAAGCAAAAAGCCAAGAAUUCUGAACUUGACCGCAAGGUUGAAAAUCUUGAUAAAGAGAAUCGAGAGAUUAGAGAGUCUCUUGCAAGGACAACUUCAGCCCUAAAGAAAGUCCAGGAAGAGAAGGCCAAAGUGGAGCAGCACUUGGAGGAAUUACGGGCAAAGCUGCGGGAGUUUGAGUCGAGGGCACAGAGGAAGGAUGAGCAUUACCAUAAUAGCCAAGGAUCAAGCCGCAGGGAUGACUACCCAGCAGACCAAAUGAACAAAAUUAGAGGGUCACAUGUGCAAGGACUUGAUCGCCGAAGCAACGACUCUGGCUUCUAUGGCCAGGACAUAAAGGAUCAGGACAUGCGUAGCAUUGGCUCUCGUGGACAAGACAGAUAUGAGCCAGAAGUGCAGCGCACAAAUAGCAGGGGUCAGUACAAUCAGGGGCAUAGUAUGAGAGGACCAGAUCUCCACAGCAUUGAGAUGCGUGGGCAAGAGGCAAGAAACUCAGACAUGAGAGUUCCAAAUAUUCGUGGAAAUGAUAUUCGUGAGAAUGAUCUGCGCGGGAAUGAUGUGCGUGGAAAUAACAUGCGGGGGAAUGAUACCCGUGGCCAAGAGAUGGACCGGUCAAGGCAAGGAUGGUCAUCGUCCAACAACUCAUCCCAGCAGCCUAUGUGGUCGGGUAGCAAGGAUGUUCUCCCCGUGCCAUCAGGGGAUGGGCCCAACAGGACUGCUAGUCUUCUUGGUGAAUAUCAGCCAAUGAAUGAACGUUUCAGACCACAGUCCUACCCACCUGCAUCCACUACAUCCAAAGGACAAGGCCUGCUGAGGACUCCUGCAGAUUUUCCAGGAUACAACAAUCAAAACAUGUCCCAGGGUCUCCUAGAUACACCCAGCGAUCACCACAAAACAGAGUCCCAGUUUUCUUCACAGCGGUUUGAGGACAGGGAGUACCGGUUAGGCUUCAACAGUGAGACCAAUAACAACCCCUAUGGAAUGGAAAUGCGGCGUCCCAAUACAUCUCAGACAUGGCAAGAGGGAGGCGAUUCCAUGAAGGGGAGAGGCAUGGGGCAAAGCUGGGGACGGAGAGGAAACACGAAUCAGAAUUUCUAGUUUCCCCAUAUGUUUAUGCAAACUUGUUAUGAAUAUAACAUUAAUUUUGUUUUGUUUUUGAAAACAAAAAAAAAAGAAUGAUUUAUUUUAUUUAUCUUUGUCCACUUGUUUAAUGCACAACCUUUUUUGUUUUUUGAGGUUAGAAGGUAUAGAUUUGCUCUAGAAAUUCAAGUUCUGUGUGUCAUUUAUUAUGUAAUAUAAUAUUUGAAAUUUGAUUUUCACAAAUUCUGUAAGCAGUUUGGUCCAGCAGUUCUCACUGCUUUGUACAAUGUAAUGGAAUGAUAUUUUGGAAUUAUGAUAA